UAUAUUCUUACACUGCAAGCAUAAUGCUUACAGCACAUCAUGCAGGUUGAUAUCUGCCGUAUUACACAGACAAGUGUUUGUUCAAGACAAGGGAGUGAAACAGGUUGGAAUGUAAGGGAUUGUUAAACAAGAGGUACUCAAUAAUGAGUAACAGAGCUAGUGGAGGGCGAUACCAGGAAGACAGAUCACGAGACCAUGGUUCAAGGAAUAGAGACCAUAGCCCAAGGUUUCGUGAACACAGAUCAAAGUCUCGGGACAAAGACUCACAACCUCGAGACCAGGAUGUACAUUCUCGAAAGGGUAGUAGAUCCCGAGAUCACUCAUAUGAGACUAUUGACAGGUUACCGUCAGCCUACAGUAGCAGUGAUGAUUACACAUCAUCUCGUGCAAAAGAUCGGAUACCAACUUCGUACAAUGAUAAGUCCCGGCGGACACAUCGGAUAUUACCACAGACAUACAGUAGCAGUGACGAUUACACCUCGUCUCAAACAUCAGAUCAGAUUCCAAGCAUGAACCAUUUAAAAUUGCGAAGACCUGAGAUUAUAGCUCUGCAGUCUUAUACAAGUAGUAGUGAUGAUUAUACAUCCGGUGAGAGGUUACGGAGAUCAGAACACAGAGGAUCCAGACCUCGAGAUCGUACGCCACAGAUGUACGACCGUGUGCCUCUGCGUUACAAUGAUUCCACUCCAGAACGGUGGAAAGGAGAGGAUGCAGUACAACAUCGUAGAUCUGGCUCCAGAGAUCGCGUUGGAAGAAACAGAGAUGGAAAUCUCAGAGAUCAUGCUUACUUAAGUCGAAGUCGCGAUGAUGUGAUCAGGGUUUCCAUGCCAUAUAUACACGACCGUGAAACUCAAAGCCGAGAUGAUUUGCAUCGAGUUGGGAACAGCACGAUCAAAUCUAAAGACAGGUCAAGUCACAGCCGAGGGGAAUUCCAUAAAAAAUCAGAUAGUGCAUCACAUUCUCAAGAACUGCCAAACAGGAGUCGAGAUAGUGUGGAUCGAACAAGGGCUAAUCAAGCACAUCCUCAAGAACGGUCAAAUAAAACGAGGAAGGAGGUAGAUCGAAUAAAGGAUAACCCCACAAAGUCUCAAGUCAAGUCAAGUAAAACUCAAAAUGAUGUGGGUCCAAGUAAGGAUAGCAAAGCCAGCUCUAAAAGUCGUUUAGGUCGAAAAAAAGAUCCUAAACGUGUUAAGCCAAAAAUAUCUCGGUCACAAGAGAUUCUGCCAGAGCCUCGGGAUCAUAGUGCUCCUCGUUGGGAUUAUUAUUUACAAUCCGACAAAUAUGGGUCUCAUACUACCUUGUCCACAGUCAGUGGAGAAAAGAAAAAUGUUCGUCCAGGUGCUCCAUCAGAGCCAAAUGAAUACAACUUCAACUACAAACGUCGAGGCCUGUUCCUAAUUAUCAACAACAAGAACUUCCACCCCAACACUGGCCAGCAGACAAGGGAGGGAACUGAUGUGGAUGCCGAGAGACUAGAGGAACGCUUCCAAGAUUUAGGUUUUGAGGUCAAGAGGUAUGAUGACGUCAACAGAUCAAGAAUUUCGACUCUAAUGUAUGAUGCUGCAGCCUAUGAUCACUCGAACGCAGACUGUUUUGGGUGCGCCAUAUUGAGUCAUGGACUGGAAGGCCGAGUGUACGCCACUGACGGUUACAUUUCCCUUGAGCUCCUAGUUAUGCCGUUCAAGGGAGACAGGUGCCCAUCUCUUGUUGGAAAACCCAAGCUUUUCUUUCUGCAGGCUUGCCGAGGUACGAAGAUGGAUUAUGGAGUGGACGUGUCCGACUCAAGCCUGUCAUCUAAAGACGAGGAUGAAAUGGAUGCCGCGAACAGUGUCAGCAUACGCAAGAUUCCCAUUGAAGCUGACUUCUUGUUCGCAUAUUCAACAGUACCAGGGUACUAUUCGUGGAGGAACAACCAGGACGGCUCGUGGUUCAUACAGGCCCUGUGCAUCGUGCUGGAGAACUAUGGCCUGAAGAUGGAGCUACUCCACAUGCUCACACAUGUCAACAGGAUUGUUGCGUACGAGUUUGCGUCCUGCACGGACCGUGAAUUUACGGACAAGAUGAAACAAAUGCCCUGUGUUGUUUCCAUGCUGACUCGAUACGUUUUUUUUCGACACAAGAAACAGGACAUCAGAUGAAGACAUCUCCAUUGAUGGUGCUCUGCUUUUACAGUUGAAUAUUCAGCACAAUGUUGCCAUGGAAAUGGUGACCCUGUAUUAGCCUUAUCUGGCUGCAAGAGUUACAGAUGACUUAUUUUAAACAAAUCAAUUUUUGAAGAGCUGAUUGUUUUAUAUUCAUGUUGAAUUUUAUUAAUUCAACAGCAAAGAAUGAUUUUAACACUGUAAUACCACAUGAUUGAUUUAUUGGUAAUAGGUAUUAGCUCUAUGUAAAACACCACCACGAUCACUUUGUUUGGUGUACCACAUGCUCACUACAUGUUCAGAGAGGUUAAACUUAAAGCACUUAUAUAUACUACUCAAAAGAAGUUAAACAACACCUGAUUUUUUCACAUGACUACAGUUAAUCUGCCAUGGUCAUGACAGAAUAAUGACAGACACACAAACAAUUCAGGUGUUGUUCUUCUGUUAAGUAGUAUAAAUAGAAAUAUGCACCUAGUAAUGUGUCUGGCAUAUGACAAGUUGACAUUUGAGGUCUUUAUCAAUUAGGCAUCAAAUAAAGAUAGUGACCAAGCAAGUUGUGAUGCAACAUGAUAUUUUCUGAUUGGAUUGUUACAUCACCGGGCAUCGAUGGUAUGUGGGGACGGGUCUGAUUGUGGCUGACUUCCGUUGGAGGUCAAGGUCACCAGAGGUCACAUGAAGUACAUCUGGGUAUCUGGGUGAUCAAUGCCAAAGAAUAAUUACAAGCCUUGUGGGUUUUAGCUGAAGGAUGAUAGGGAUUAUGUUUGAUUUGCAUCAACUUCAGACAUGGGGACAUGGGUGGCCAGGUCAUCCACAGCGCCACUGUUUUCUGUAUAGAGUUGCCUUUCUUUGGUGAAACUUACGAUCAUGGUUUACUUAUGGACCAUACCCUACUCGUUGGUUUCACCAAAGUAUUAAACGUUGAAGACCUGCAUCACCUCUUCACUAUCAAGCUGACACUAUAUACUACUCAAAAGAAGUAAAGGACCACUUGAUUCUUUCAUAUU